GAUCGGUUCUACUUGCGCCGCUUCCUGCGCGCCCGCCAGCACGACUUGGCCAAAGCGAAAGCCAUGUUCCUGGCACACCUGAAGUGGCGGGAAGAGAACAGCAUUGAUGACAUCCUGACUAACUUUCAGUUCCAGGAGCGGGAUGCGUUCCUCUCUCUGUACCCACAGGGCUAUCACAAAACAGACAAGCUGGGGCGGCCGGUAUACAUCCAGCACAUUGGCGCCAUUAAGAUCAAGCAGCUGCAAGAGAUCACCACUGAAGACCGCAUGGUCCGCUUCCACAUACAGGAGUACGAGCGCUGCCUGAAGUACAUCUUUCCAUCCUGCGGCAAGAAGGCAGGGCGCCACAUUGACCAGACAUUUGCCAUAAUGGACGUCAAGGGCGUGGGGCUGAAACACCUGACUGGCGACGUGAAGAGCAUCCUGUCCCGCAUUACCGAAACUGAUCAGAACAACUACCCAGAGACGCUUGGAAAGACACCAAGGAGCUAUUGGUGCUGCUGUUGUGCAGUGUUCAAGAUGAUCUGGGCCAUGGUCCGCCCCAUGCUGGAUGUGCGAACUCAGGCUAAGAUCGAGGUGGCUCCUAGCGACUACAUGAAGCUGCUCCUGCGGUAUAUUGAUGUCGAGAACAUCCCGGAGUACCUUGGUGGUGCGUGGGCCCUGCCACUCAAGGGCAGCCUGAUUGAUGACGUGGGACCCUGGAAGGAUCCUGUCAUUCUGGCCCAAGUGGAGGCAGGCAAGCCUUGGGGUAGGGUGGGGUAG